AUGCACGACUGGCUGGCGACGCUGGGCCUCGUAUUCGGUGGGUGCUGCAGCAACGCUGUCAGCCUCGAGCGACUCACCUCCGACUACCCCACCUCUGGAUCCCUCAUCACUUUUUUCCAGUUCUCUAUCAUUUCUCUGUACGGUCUUCCAAAGCAUACCAUCUGGACUCCCUACGGACCUCGUCUUGCGCCAACUAGAAUCCCUAUUUCUCGUUAUCUUAUUCAGGUUAUUCUAUUUUAUAUCAUAUCCCUCUUGAACAAUGCCGCUUUUGCAUACCAGAUACCCAUGUCUGUACAUAUAAUCUUUCGGAGCGGGGGCUUGAUUGUUACUAUGAUACUAGGGUGGUCUGUCAUUGGUAAAAAGUAUAAUAUACACCAAGUUUUAUCCGUCCUUCUCGUCACUCUGGGAGUCGCUUGUACAACGCUAUCCGCAUCCAAUUCAUCUUCCAAUGAAUCUCAUACGGGCUUCAACACAUAUCUUACUGGCAUAUCCAUCCUAUCACUGGCCCUUAUCCUCUCUGGUUUUCUCGGUCUUGUCCAGGACCACACUUAUUCCAAAUACUCCAGCGCGUCAUCAUGGCAAGAGUCCAUGUUCUACCUCCACUUCCUCGCUCUUCCCAUGUUUCUCUUCAUCCGAAAUGACCUCACGACGCAAUUUCACGUCGUCCACGCUGGACCAAGAAUGUCAUUUGCAUCCAUACCCACCACUUAUCCCGCUCUCCUCCUCAACACCCUCACACAGCUCGUCUGCGUCGCCGGUGUGAACCGCUUGACUACGCGGGUUAAUUCGCUGACCGUCACACUCGUUCUCGUUGUCCGCAAGGCCGUUAGCCUUGUCCUGAGCGUAGCGAUGCGCCAGACGGCUAACAACGUUGAUAUGCAUCUUUUGUGGGCCGGUGCGGCCAUGGUUCUCUUAGGGACAAUAUGGUACUCUGUAGGAGGGAAGAAGGCAAAGACCAAGCAGGAAUAG